CGGCCUCAGAGACAUUCUGUGUGUGUGAGUGUGUGUGUAUGUGUGUGUGACACAUGAGUUGCGACUCAAAAGGAGUUGGGGGGCCGCUGGAAGGAGGGGAGGGGAAAAAAAAGAAAGAGCCAUUUUCCCAAGCCCGCCACACGAAGUUGCAUCCAAAUCCAUCAGCCCCAUUGAUUCUGCAAAACACGGAACAUUUCCCCCCCCUUUCCUUUUAGAUUAUCCCCCCUCUUUCCUUCCCACACCCCAAAUAACUGGCUUUUUAAACUUACUGGGUCACCAAGACUGAAUAAGAAACUUUGUUUGAAGAGAGGGUAAAGGAUUUUUUUUUUUUUUAAAGAAUCCAAAGUUUUGGCACCGCCACCCUCCCUUCAUCACUCUCCUUUCCCACCCGGUGUGUGAGUUCCCCCCCUUCCUCCCACCUCCCGUGACUCCCUCCCUUUUUGGACCUACCCAACAUUUUGUGCAAAACGCAUCAGCCAUGAACAAGCUGUACAUUGGGAACCUCAACGAGAACGUGACUCCGGCGGAUCUGGAGAAAGUCUUCAACGACCACAAAAUCUCCUUCAGUGGCCAGUUCUUGGUGAAAUCUGGCUACGCCUUUGUCGAUUGCCCAGAUGACCAAUGGGCCAUGAAAGCCAUCGAAACUUUUUCUGGCAAAGUGGAGCUACAUGGAAAACAGCUAGAGAUUGAACAUUCAGUACCUAAAAAACAAAGGAGCCGCAAAAUUCAGAUAAGAAACAUCCCCCCUCAGCUACGAUGGGAGGUUCUGGAUGUUUUGCUAGCCCAAUAUGGUACUGUGGAAAACUGUGAACAAGUGAAUACGGACAGUGAGACAGCAGUUGUCAAUGUCACCUACUCCAACCGGGAGCAGACCAGACAAGCCAUCAUGAAACUCAAUGGACACCAGCUGGAAAAUCAUGCACUGAAGGUCUCCUACAUCCCCGAUGAGCAAACUGUGCAGGGUGCAGAAAAUGGACGCCGAGGAGGCUUUGGGACACGGGGUGCCCCCAGGCAGGGUUCUCCUGUGGCUUCAGGAGCGCCUGUGAAGCAGCAGCCAGUAGACAUCCCCCUCCGGCUUCUGGUUCCCACCCAGUAUGUGGGAGCCAUUAUUGGCAAAGAGGGAGCCACCAUACGCAACAUUACCAAGCAGACACAGUCCAAGAUUGAUGUGCACCGGAAGGAAAAUGCAGGGGCAGCAGAGAAAGCAAUCAGCAUCCAUUCAACCCCAGAGGGCUGCUCUGCUGCUUGCAAGAUGAUCUUGGAAAUCAUGCAGAAGGAGGCAAAAGACACUAAGACUGCUGAUGAAGUACCUCUGAAAAUCCUGGCCCAUAACAACUUCGUGGGGCGACUGAUUGGCAAAGAGGGCCGCAACCUGAAGAAGGUGGAACAGGACACGGAAACGAAGAUCACCAUCUCCUCUCUGCAGGACUUGACCCUGUACAACCCAGAAAGGACCAUCACUGUGAAAGGCUCCAUUGAGAACUGCUGCAGAGCGGAGCAAGAGAUCAUGAAGAAAGUGAGGGAGGCUUACGAGAAUGAUGUGGCAGCUAUGAGUCUACAGUCACACCUGAUACCUGGUCUCAACCUAGCUGCCGUCGGCCUCUUUCCAGCCUCAUCCAAUGCUGUACCACCUCCUCCAAGUAGUGUCUCUGGGGCAGCACCGUAUAGCUCUUUUUUGCCUCCUGAGCAAGAGACAGUGCACGUCUUCAUCCCUGCUCAGGCUGUGGGUGCGAUCAUUGGCAAGAAAGGACAGCAUAUCAAACAGCUCUCCAGAUUUGCAAGUGCCUCUAUCAAGAUUGCUCCUCCAGAAACGCCGGAUUCCAAAGUGCGGAUGGUGAUAAUCACUGGACCACCAGAAGCCCAGUUCAAGGCGCAAGGACGAAUUUAUGGCAAACUUAAAGAGGAAAAUUUUUUUGGGCCCAAAGAAGAAGUGAAGCUAGAGACGCACAUCCGAGUCCCUGCCUCAGCCGCAGGGCGAGUCAUUGGCAAAGGAGGCAAAACGGUCAAUGAGUUGCAGAACCUGACGGCAGCUGAGGUAGUUGUCCCGCGGGACCAAACCCCUGAUGAGAAUGAGCAAGUCAUAGUCAAAAUCAUUGGACAUUUCUAUGCCAGCCAGAUGGCGCAACGCAAAAUACGUGAUAUCCUCGCUCAGGUGAAACAGCAGCAUCAGAAGGGACAGAACAGCCAGACGCAAGCACGAAGGAAAUAGGAAAUUGCUUUACCCCUAGUGCAUGAGAAAGAAAGAGAGAGAGACAAAAAGAUGGACGAAUGGACGACAUUGACAACGGAUGAAACAAAGCCAAGCAGAAAAAGUGAUGAGCUGAUGCAGAACCCUAAGAGUGUCUGGGAAUCAGUUUACCGUAGGCGGGUAUUAGUAAUUUUGUUGUAGACGGGUGACUUAAUGUCUCACGAGCCAAAGGCGGUUUUGAUUGGCUCCUCAGGCAUGCUGCAAAUAUAUAUAUAUUUGAGGGGGGGUGGGGGGAUUAAUUGGAUCAGCCAGUAGGAAAACAAAUUCCUAACCAGACCCCAUAAUCUGUUUCAAUCAAGUAGUGUGUGUGAGAUUGUCUAGCAGGACAGGAGUGUUCACACAUGCCAUCUGCUGAGCAGAGCAAAGGAGCAUAAAAUCCACUCCCUCAUGCAAUAAGUUUUAGGGUUUAUUUGAACAAUCGUUCCCCUAACAAACAUUAACUUUUGCAGUCACCAGGAAAAGGAAAUUAAGUGGGACCAGAUUUGAGGGGGAGCUGAGGUUCCAGUAAACCUUGGAUUCUCACCAUUUGGACAAGCAAGUUCUGUUUGAUUGCCUGGCCUUGGUGACUGUGAAAGUCAGUGCAUGUUGGGAUGAGGACUGGUUGUCAGAAUCUCUUUUAAUCUAAUCAUAUCCCUCAUUCAGCUGGAGUAGUUCAGCAUUUUAACCCAAGAUAACCCUACCUUCUUUGGUACACCAAAACAAGAUCCUUGGGCUGGUUUUUCUGCUAUAGAAAAGCAGCCCAAAGUUCUGAUCAGGUGGUUUGCCAUGACGCCAUGCAACAUCUUCCUGUUGUGGCAACCAGAACGGUGUAAUCAUUGGCGUGGCUGACUUUGUCUCCAGGAAUAUCAUGCACUGUUCUGCAUAGCAAUUUCCAGAACCAAACAUGGCUGCCCGGGGAGGGGGGGGGGCUCUACAAUCCUGCUUGUUCUGCGUGUUUGGUUGUUCUAUAUUGCUGUGCCCCAGUUAAGACUUAUGGGGCUGGUGAAGGAGGCUGAAGGUUGCAUCUGGACCCUCAUGCCCUCAGUUGAGUAUUCCUGCCCUAGAGGUAGAACCCACCAUAAUCUUUCAUCCCAGGGUAGCUCCCUUGGCAGGCAAAUCUUUGAAGGGCUUCCUGUCAGAUUAAAAAUAUUACUUCUUUUUGAGCAUAGAAUUAUUUCUGCAUAUUAAUAGAGGUUUUCUCCCUUCUCAGAAUUUGUCAACAAAUAUGGUGGGAUGUUCUAGUUCAAAUUGGUCACAUGAUCCCAGUUAUCCUAAAACCAAAUAAAAGUGGGCAGGGAAAACAAGGCAAUAACUCUGCCUGUACAGCGUUCUCUCUGCUGGAAACCAAACACUGGUUCAAUUAAGCCACUGCACCAAACAUUGGUUUCCACUGAUCGUAAUUUUGAACCCAAACCAUGAUUUAAGCUUCCAGAUGUCCAGGCAAACCAUGGUUUAGUGCUUCUUGUCUGCUUUAAUUUUCCAUCUGCUUAGUACUCCCAUUGGUAUAGUGAAUGGAACUCUGGAGGCAGAGCAAUGACUAUAGCCAUGGUUUGUUCAGAUAUCAUGGCAAACCACAGUUAGCACAAACCAUGGUUUGCAAUCCCACCUCUAAGCAUGGUUUAUGAUUUUGUUUUUGCUGGCUGAUUACAAAGCAUGAUUUGCUAAUGCAAACAUCAUACCAGACCAAACUAUGGUUUAGUGUGUUGUCUGAAUUGAGCCAGUUUCUUUGAAAAGCCUUAUUAAUUCAGAAGAUUACAUUCUUUCUCUUUCUCUUUCUCUCUCUCACUCUUCCCCCUGCCCGGGACAACUCCACUUGCUAAGCCAGGGAAACAAUUUAAAUGAUUGGAAAAUCAAGCAAAGGAGGAACUUGCCUUGGUUUUUAUCCAUCAAAGAUUCAAAUCAAAAUACUUUUUAAUGAAAUGCUGAAAUGGUAAAAAUGUGUCCUAGAAAAUUAUAAUAAUCAAACUAUCAAGUCACCAGGAUGCAAAUAUUUUCACAUCCGGUUUUUAAAAGAAAUGUGUUUGGGUUGGGCUUUAUUUUGGUUUUGGGUAGGAGACUCACAAACCUAGUCAUUUCCUUUAUCUGAUUCUUUUGAAAAGUCAAAGUCACAAACCAAAUUUUAGUUGUGAAGCACAGGUAGGACUGUGCACAAGUGUAACAUUUUUUGAAAACGUGUGAGGAUUUUUUUAACCUAAUCGGUAAGGUGGUUUUGCCUUAUUUUAUAAAAAGCAUUUUAUACUCCGGUGCUCCUCUUUUGAUUUUGUGGGUGCACAUUUUAAUAUGGAAGUCCAAACCACAGCAAAAUCCCUAUUUUAGAUACCCUAUAAAUGUCAUUAAACAUCUCAGGGUUCACAUUUCUGGCUGCAGUUGACAUACUCCUCUCUCAACCUGGGGACUAUCCUGAAGAAAAUUUAGCAUGCUCAAGUCCAAUGUGACUUCAGCACAUGUAAUGUUCUCUGGAAUGUCCCUGCGUACGAACUUGCGAUGGAUUUCAAAGUCUUUGCAAGGAGUUUGUGGAAUGCAGCCUAAAGGCUUGUUUAUAUAUGGCAUUUGUCUGCUCUUGUAUCCUUGCUGCAAUUUCCCACUCUUCACCUCUAGCGUAUUGCCUCUAGCUGCUGCUUUAGAGGGGUCAGUUGUCACCUGGUUGUAAAUGCAUAAGGACAGUCUGUGGGUGGGUGGAAAGAGGAUGUUUGCAUGGAGUUCUACCUGAUUGGAGGCCUUCUGCCUCAGGAUACAGUGAGGCAUACAAUCAUGCAAGUGUCCCUUUGAAAAAGACCUCUAGGCAAGGUUUUUCUGCUUUUGCCAAUUCCUAAGGCUGCCUCUGUAAAAUGCAGUCCUUACCACUUGGCAAAUAAAUGGAGAGAAAAUGCGAUGUAUGCACAAGCCUUUAGAUUGCAUUCCAUGUAUCAUAACCUGGCUUUGAAACAUGCCUUUGGGGGGGGGGAGAAUUGGAUGAAAAAUUUGCACACAUAUCCUCUAAAGCGACUAAUCUUAAAAACCACUUGCCCUCCAGAAUAAAUUAUUUGAGGGUCACAGGCUAUGAGCAUUAGGUCCCUGUCCCCAUAUUCUAGGAUGGUCUUCUGCCCUUUCAAAAGCUUCUGCCAUCAUAGUGUGACACUUCUGGGGUGGAGUAAAGCCACCCCAGGCUUUACCUGCUGAAGAACCUCUUAAAGGGGCAGAAGCACUCUUGGUAUAAUGUCACCCUACUUUUUGGGAACCUCAGCACCCAGACAUACCAAAAAAAGAAGAGAUGGUUGUCCUGGUCUACAGAGGGCUGAAUGCAUGUUGCCGCUGAAAUAACAGUGCCCAUCAUAGAGGCUGUUACGUUGCAUGGGAAUCCUUCUUCAUGCAUUACCAUGUUAUUGGAUAUGGCCUCUUCUUUUCCAUAUAGCAAGCUUUUCUACACCUUGGUAUAGAAAGUCCACAUGUGCAAACCUGUUACUGCACACAGAUGGCAUUCUCUAGAUCAGGACAAAUGGUAUUGAUCAGCUUACAUGGGGAUUUAAGGGCCUAACCCCAAGCUUAAAAUUACUUCCAGGGAACCGCUGUAGAGAAUGAAACAGUAUGCCUGUUUGAAAAUCACACAGAAAAGGAACAAUUCAUUCCAUUAGGAACAAAAUCUUAAUUUUAAACAAGUACUUAUAGGGAAAUUUGGAUUUCUUUCUGGGACUUGGGAGGGGAAAAGAAGCUGGGGAUAGAAAUUAAACCAAAAGUAAUUUCUUGAAAAUUUUGUGAUUUUAAAAAAGAAAGAAAAAACCCUCCUGGUUUUGAAAAAUGAUGUUUUCUGCCACAAGAAUACCGAGUGUCUUUAUGAGGCGAUACCAAAUAUAGACAUCAGAAGAAUGUAAUGUGGUUACUGAUCCCAGUCACUCUUACGUGAACUUUUAAAAGAAAGAAAAAUGUGUAAAAUAUAUACAAAUGGAUUAUGAGUAUUUGUGGAGGACAGGAAUUGCUUGCCUGGCAGCCUGCACACAGAACGAAGUUUUGUCUCUGCGUUUAAAAAAAAGAAAAAAAAGAAAAAGCACUCACCUGAUGGGGCCAUUCCUCUAAGGGAAACUUUUCCCACAGUGCCCCAGAGAGCUUCAUACUCAGGUAAAUCCAACAUGAAUCCUUCUGGAUUGUAUCCAUCAUUUAUUUGCAUUUGUAUCAUUAAAAGUAUGCUGUUGUUUUAAUGCCCUUAAACUAAAGCCUGCCACCCUGAGACACUGUCAUUUUGUAUAGGCUUUUGGCAUCAGUGAACCUUUGAUGAUAUAUCCCUUUCACAGUGUCCUGUGCUUUGCUUCCAAGGACUUAACUUCAAGUUACUGUCCGUAGGAUUGCAUCCUUACAGCACAAUCCUGCACAUCCUGUUUUCUUGAAAGUAAGUCUCACUGAGUUCAGUGGGCCUUCCUCCCAAGUGACUGUGUAGUGGAUUGCAGCCUUAACAAUAUUUUAUGCACCUGCUGUUGCCUAGUCUUACAGAACAGAACAAGAAAUAAAAUCAGUCUUGCAGACAACCGAAAAAAAUGUACUAACCCACCAAAAAGCAAACAAAAAGAAUAAGUCUUUCCUGGCACACCUGUCUAUCCCAGGGUGGUCUAAGCCAUGGACAUGGACAACUCCUGGCCUGAGAAGAAUUGUUACCCUUCGCAAAUGAUUAACUCAAAGAAAUUGAUGGAAAAUAGUGUCCAAAGUCCUUAAUCCUAUUCCGGGAGGCUGCUGUGACAAUCCUGUUGAAUUCAUCGUUAUGUGGUAAUUGGAUUUCUGGGUCUUAAGCUCUAUGAUUUAGAAAUAAAAUGCUGUUGGAAUAAUUGGAAUGGAGCCAAGAGGCAUAUGCUGUGGAGUAAACCAGAAUUUUGAGGUGGAUACUGUGAUCCUAAGCACAUUCAUUUGGUUGCAAGCGCAUUGAUAUCAAUGUGUAUUUAGAAACACAGUCAUAUUUUUAAUGGAUCAAACUUUGCUGAUCCUUUUUAGAGGAGGGUAGGUAGGGAAUAGGAAUUUUGUGGGACAAAUCAACCUCUUUGCAUUGAAAUAUAUGAAUUUUUAGCAGAGACAAGACUUCUGUUCUAACUUGACUUGCUAGGUGUCCAGGCUGACCUUUGAGACUGGACCUGUUUGUGCCACUACAGACUGGGCUCCAGGUUUGGGCUGAAUGACAGCAGGUGAAUCUAGUUCCAGUGUAUUUCCAUGUGCCUAAUACUCAAUUCAAUUUUGAAAUAAUACUCAAUUCCAUCUUUGAAUUGCGAUGAAGCAGCUGCAUGGAACUUCUUGUUUACACUGAAGCAGUUACUGUCCUUUUUAAUCCCUUGCAACAAGGAAGUGUGUGUGGAAAGGUCAGGCAUUGCUGUGUGUUUUAAGGGAAAGGAGAAAAGAAGAAGAAAAACAGAAAAAAAAGAGAAAAGAGAGAAAAAUGGGUGGGAAAAAGCUACCUCAAGGUAUGAAGUUACCUCAGCAAUUGUUUUGUUUUUGGGCUUGCUGAUAUUUUAUAUAAAAGCUGAUAGUCUUGAAUAUUUUAUUUUUUUAAUGAAAAGAGAAGUUAAGUUUCAUAAUUUCUUAUGAGCCAGAAGUUGUUAUGCAGGUCGGCAGUGUUAUGAGCUCUCUAUGGAGAACGACAGAGACUUCAGACAUAGUGGAAAAGACGGCAGAUUUUGCUCACUUCCCAAUUAACAGUGUAAUUUUUGCCUUCUUCCGGGGGGGGGGGAAUAUAUUCUGACCCUUAAGACCAGUUUAAGACCUGUGAAUCUUAAUUGUUGAAAACAUCCCUGUAAAAGAUAUAUCAGUGGUACACACCUUUUGUGGUCUAUAGACUGGCUGAUUCUAAGCACACUUAAUUUGGAAUUUAUUUAGGGUGAGUUUAUUUAAUCAUUAUAGGUGGUUGUCAUUCUGUGGUUGGUUAUUUGGGUUAGGAUGCUGGCAUGUUGAGUUGGAACACAGUGGUUUCUGGUUUGUAUACGAAGGUUGGGGUUCAUUAUGCAUAUUUUCCAUCCCUAGGUGUUGCUAAAGCACUGUUUGAAUAUACAGUGGCACUAUAGCAACAAAAUGCAAAGAAAGGUAUUUUGAAAACAGCUGGUCCUGGAGACACUCAUUUCUCCAGCUCCAUGGGACUCUACUGUACUUCAUUUAUACCAGCAACCAUAGGAGAGGACCACCAAAGAACCCACAUGGAAUCCAGAAAAAGCAAAACUAUCCCAUGUGGUUCUUUGAAUACAUAAACUCACCCUCCAUUGCAUUGAGAGCAUUUAAGUCACAAGAAGUUAAGUAUGUUUAGAAUUAGAAUGCCAGUUGACAAGACUGUUUGCUGAGGAGCUAUAGAAACAGUCGAACCGGUACGACUGUCCAGAAUCUGUGAAUUGGAAACCAGCUCUUGUCCUUGUAAAAACUUGGGCCCUCUUUUCCGCUAUGGUGCUGUGAAAUAUUUUACAAAGACUACCUCAGUUUUACUGAGGAGAAACAGGCCAUUAUUUUUUAAGAAAAGAAAUGGGAGCCAAAUUUUUGUGUGUUUUUUGUACAUUCUCAUGGAAAUGAGACAAACCUAGCGGCCACUGUUUGAAAAGUUUAUAGGUUUGUUUGGUUUCCCCCCUAAAAAAAACAACACAAAAAAGGCGUAUGUGUUACUCUCCCACUGCACCUGGAGCAGAUAACCCUCUCCGAAUGUAACAUUCAAAGAUCAGUGGUUGUGAAUGAAUUCACAGGAGGCCAAACUGAUUCCUGCCUAGAGACUCUUCAUCUAUACUCAAGCUGGGAAUUCUGGCUUCUUGACAAUGGUGUAUAAGGCCUCUAAAUGUAUGCCAUUCUUUAAAAUGGAAAA